AUGAUUGAAAUGCGGUCAAUAAGUCGUGUGAUAAGUCGCGUUUUGUUCCGCCCCAGAAUAUUUCCAGCAUCCACUGCUUCGAUCUCUCCUCGCGAAAUUGUUGAUGAGGAGGCUUGUCCAGUUUACAACCCUAAAUACUUUUACCCAGCUAAACCUGGUGAAAUUCUUUCUAAUCAUUAUCAAUUACUGGUUAAGAUUGGUUGGGGAACGCGUUCGACGGUAUGGCUUGCGCGAGAUAACACAAGAUAUCGAUGGCAAUCUGAACGUUUUAUAACACUGAAAAUAAUAAAUAAUCGCGAUGCCGAUGACGCUGAUCAUGAGCGUGACAUUGAAGAGCACAUUGGACGACAAACCGUGUCACAUCGCGGCCGUGGCAUUGUCCGAACCUGUCUCGAGAGCUUUGAGGUGGUCGGGCCUGUGGACCGCCAUCUAUGUUUGGUCUAUGAACCUCUGCGAGAGCCACUCUGGAUUCUCCAAAAACGUUUUGUCAACCAGAAACUCCCUCUGCCGAUUGCUAAAGCAUAUAUCUUCAUCCUUCUCGCUGGCCUCGACUUUCUCCACUCAGAAUGCAAGCUUGAUAACAUUCUCAUGACCUUCGAGAACGAAGAUAUUCUCCCCAAGUUCAUUAAAGAGCAUUCCACUACCAUGCCUAUUGAAUACAAAUUAGAUUCGGAUACUAACAGAGCAGUCUACCGCUGUCACAACGACUUCGGGCCCCUUGACUGGAGGGAGUUGAGGAAAAUGAUCCCGAAAAUUGCCGAUUUUGGUUUGGCAAGUCGACUUCAUAGCGAAAUGGAGACGGGAGAAGAAGUUGGCAUUUAUCCCAUACAGCCAGAUCCCUAUCGUGCUCCCGAAGUUGUACUAGGUUGCGGUUGGGGGUUUAGUGCUGAUAUAUGGAAUUUUGGAGUCUUGAUAUGGAAUAUUCUCGAACGCACAGACCUAUUCUGUCAUGUUUAUGAUAGUCAAGGCCGUUAUGAUGCGAAAGCACAUAUAGCGGAGAUGAUUGGGCUGCUUGGGCCGCCUCCCAAGGAAUUGCUUGACAAGUCCAAUGCAAUGGCACAACACAAGUGGCCAAAUUUUAUACAAAACGAUGCCGGAAAACAUUGCAGCAAUAUGCGAGACUUCUUUGGCGGGCCAUUUUUUGAUGACAAGGGAAAUUUCCUCCACGAUGAACUAGUACCUGCCCGAAGCCUUAAAGAUACAAUCCCAUCUUUAGAAGAGGACGAAAGACAAGCCUUCUUGUCUUUUGUCAGUCAAAUGCUUACCUGGCUUCCAAAGGAAAGAAAAACGGCCCGGCAAUUAAUGGAGCACCCAUUUCUUAAUGGUGAAUAG